GCAUGCGCUGUCCAUGUGCUGUUUGCACGCCAUUUUGAAGCAUUGAACUUGUGUGUAGGUAAAGCCGUGGGUUAUAAUCCAUUGCAAUCCUCUAUAUUCUGAGGACAAUGGAUGUCCGAUACGGCGUAGAUGUGUCCAACAAAUUCGAUAUCAUCGGUCUGAACGAUGAUGCCGCCGAAGCGGCGCGACAAAAGGAUGAAGUCAGGAAAACUAAGAAACCUCUGGAAGGGGAUAAACCUAAACUGGGCUCCAACAAGCAAAACACGAAGAAGUCGACACCACAUUUAGAAAACAAGGGGAAACCGAAUGAUCAAUACAUAAACAAGAAAGAAGUUCAAGGUAAAGAUUCACAACAAAGUGAACGAUCUAAUCGAGGAGGAAGAGGGAAUCGGGAACCCAGAGAUAACAAAGAAAAUGAUGGUGAAAGAAAGCCUUUCAGAAGACCACCACGAGAGCAGCAAGAAAAUAGAGGUGGUGAUGAAAAUGUUCCUCCAGAAUUUAGAGAGAAACCAGAAGGUGGUAGUCGCUUCAAUAGAUUUGAUGAUGGUGAGAGAGGGAGAGGAAGGGGUCGAGGUCGUGGUGGAUUCCGUGGACGAGGUGGCCGUGGUGGUGAGAGAGGAGGGGGAUUUGGCCAACCUUUUGAAAGCCGUGGAAAACGAGAUUUUGAUAGACACAGUGGAAGUGACAAAACUGGUGUCAAGGCUGUUGAUAAGCGAGAGGGAGGUGGUAGACGCAACUGGGGAUCAUUCAAGGAUGAUAUAAAGAAUAUUGAAGAAAGUGUACAACCAAGCAUGGAAAGUACAGAGCCAGCAGAGAAUUGGAAUCAAAAUGAAGAUAAUGUAGAGCCUCAAGAAAAUAGUGAGACCACUCCAGGUGCUCCGGAGAUAGUAAAUGAAGAAGAUGCUGCACCAAAACAAAUGACUUUGAAGGAAUAUAGAGCUACACAAGGAAAGAGUCGUUUGAAGAGUCAGUUUCAGAUUAGGAAAGCUGGAGAAGGCGUUGAUGGCUCACAAUGGAAAACAGGCACUAAAUGUAUUAAUAAGCCUGUUGUAAGUGCACCUAAACAGGAACGCAGGAGAAGGGCCUCUGAGUCAGAAGAGGAAGAAAGUGGCGAUGAACAUGAAGAUCAUGAAGAACGUAAAAAGAAAAACAAGAACACACUAAAUAUUGAGAUAACCUUCAAUGAUAACAACCGAAGAGGUGGACGUGGUGGAAGGAGGGGUAGAGGACCUGGACGUGGAUUUUACCGUGGAGGUUCCCCACGAGGUGGAGGAGGAAGAGGUGGCGACAGAAAGUACCGUGAGGCAGCACCAAGGGUAGAUGAUGAAAAGGACUUCCCAAGUCUUGUGAAAAGUGUUGCAUAAAUAGUGCAUUUUAAUGCACCUCUAUUAUUAAAUUCAAGUAUAAUGGAUAAUGUCGAUUCUGUAGUUUUCAUCAAGGCCUGUUUAUAAUGAUGUCUGAAAUUUUGUAUGUUUGAAAAACACUUUUGUCUGAAGUAUCAUCCUGAAUGCAUUUUUUUUUAAUACCUCCAUUUUUUCAUUAACCAUUUGGAUUUGGAGGUGUGCUUGGGAUCUCAUUGUUCACUCCGAGACACUGUGUUAAUUGAAAACUGUUCGUGAAAGGAUGUUACCAAUUGCCAAUCAGUGGUCCCACAGUUGACAGUACUCAUGGACUGUACUGAACAAAGUGCUAGCUCAAAAAGUGCUUAAUUUUCGGCUGCCUUCCUAUUCUCUGGAAAUAGUGGUUUGAAAAAGCAAUAUUAUUGACUUGCUGUAGAAAAAAAGAUAGAAUUAUUAAAAACCUAAUAUUUAUAUACACAUAAAUAUAUAUAAAUGAACAUUGUAGCUGGACUUACCAUAUCAUUCCAGCUAAAAGACUAAAUUAUUGUGAAGUGUUGGUGUUAUUCCAUAAGGGGGGAAAUUUUGCACUUUCUUAUUUUAUGUGAAAAGCAUUAAUUGAUAUUCAAGUGAUUUCCAGCUUUUCAGUGAACGUUGGUAAUGGUUUUGUAAAAAAAAAAUAUAUAAAAAAUGACCGAGUCAGUGAAAAUACAAAGAAGUCAACAUAUUCAUUAGACGACCGUUUUCUAUCAGUGCAUACUUUGAAUAAAACUAAUAAUUAUUUUCAACAUUUUCUUCCAAUUCACUUGUGAAGAUAAUUGCAUAUUUGUUGAUUUUUUCUUUUCCUAAACACAUUGAAAUAAAAAAAAAAGAAAUGAUUGAAAAAUGAAUAAUGUAAUUUGUAUGAAGUGCUAUCUCGAAAAGACUUUUUUUUUUUUCAUCAGUUUAAUGUUUUAUGAGUGGAUAAAUGGGAACUAUACCAGCUUUUAAAGUUAAUUUUAUAUAUUCCCCCCAGAUAUGCAUAUAUUUAUUAACCAUUUAUAUAUUGGGAGAUGACAUGGACCUUCCAAACUUUGGAAAACUUGGACUACUAUUGACUUUAAAUAAAUAAUAUUGCAUAAAUGAAGCUUGGGACCAAAAAGGAAUGAUUAAGAAUAACUGAAUUCUCUAAUCAUAAUUAUGUAUAAACCACGGUUUGCUGGACAUGCGAUGUUGUACAUGGUAUGAAUUAGAGUACUAUAUUCUGAAAUAGUGCCUUAAAGAUUAACACCAAGUUCUUUAGAUGUGGUGUAGGGCCCUGUAUCAAAAGUAGUCUGGUUAUUAUUCAAUCCAAAGGAAAUAUUGGAUCAAUUGUUAACUUGUCUAUUUAUUUUGUUCAUUUAGGCAGAUUAUGAACACAAAAUUAUGCAUAAAUAUAAUCAUGUCCGCUUAUGAAGUCCAGGUCUUCUGUGUUCCAAUUUGUAGACAAAGCUAUUUCAUCAGACUACAUUGCAAUAUUCAUUAUCAGUAUUUACGCUCAAUAAGUCAGGCUAUGUGUGUAUACUAUUCAUUACAUUAUGUAUACCACUGUAUAGCUUUCUGUAUAUGUCCCAGUCCUGGAAAUUGUUAUUUUCAUUAUACUUUAAUUGUUGUUGCCAUGUUUGAAAAUUUUAACUGCCAGUGAUAAUUUUAGAAAAGCAGUGGCCAUUACUGUAAUUACCUUGUGAAAUAGCUCCCCAAGAAUGUGAAGAAGUGCAAAUGUUGGGAUUAUUGAAUUGGUCAUUGUAUGAGUAACAUUUACCAGUAAAAUGAUAAUGUUUGCUA